AGGCAAUUGUUGCAGAGAUCACAAGGUUAAGAUUUUGUAUGGUCGUCAAAAAUCGUUCUAGAAAAUCAAGUUUAAUUCUUAGUAAAAAUAAUUUUUGAUUAUAUUUUAUUUAUCUCACGGUCAAUUUUUAAAUUAUUCGAAUUUAAUUUUAUAGCCAUAUUAGUAUCACUUUUUUAUGAGACAUGCAUGUCCAGAAAGAGAGGUUAGCCCAUUGCAAUAUCCAGUAUUAUUUAUUUUUUAUUUUUUAAAACUUGAGCCCUUUUGUUUUAAAAAUGUAUUAUUAUUUUUGUGUGAAAAGUAAAAAAUAAAAAAAUUAUUACAGAAUAAAAACCAUAAAAUUAUUUUUCACGAAAACUUUGUGAGCGGGAGCAGAUUUUCAUUUUUCACUCCUAUGAUUUACUCCCGGUUAAAAUAAAAAUAAAAACUCAACUCUGAAAACCUUCCUUCCCAUAUUCCCUCCUCCAAAUUCAAUCGGCGGCAGUACCACCACCGCCGCCGCCGCCACCAUGGCGUGUUCCUACGACGGACCAUCACUCGAACACAUUCCGUUAUCACAACGCCGUAAAUUUGCGCAUUCCGAUUCCACUGAUUCUCAUUCCCAAAACCACUCUCGUAUACCCUUCUCAUCCACACCUCCGCUUCACGCUACUGUAAAAAACGAACACGACGAUUCCAAUUCACAGGUUACAUAUUCGAAGGUUCGGAAUGAUGCUAUUGGAGUGGAGAAAUCCAGUGUGAAUACGAGUAGUUUACGUCCAUCUUCAACGGUUUGUGAUGUUCCUGUUACUAUGAAGGUUGAAGAUUCGGAGAUUCUAUUGAGUAAUGUUGAUAAUGGUGGAAAUGGAAAUACAUCUUUUCAGUUAGAUUUUCCUGCCACGAAGGUGAAAGAGGAGAUUCAUGAAAGCAUUGUUGAUGAACUUGAUCAUGUUGUAUUGAUAGAAAGGCAAAGGAUGUUGCUAGCUAGGAGGCUUGCAGGGCUACCAAGUCCAGCAUUUGAGGCUAAUAGUGAAGGCUUGACCAAAAAAAUUUUGGAACAAAAUGUUGAAAAAGUAAAUGGAGAAUUUUUUUCUGUUGAUGGGAAAAUAACUGUAGCUAGAGAUCAGUGUUAUGACACUCCAGAAGGAAGUAAUACUUCACUAUCUGAGUUACCACAUGAGGCCACAUUGGGAUCAUCUUUGUCAACUGAGCAUGCCUCAUCCAAAUCAAGAAGACCAGUAGUUUCAGCAUGCCCUCAAGAACACAACCAAAUUGUCAAAUCCGAAGAAAUGAUCAUGCAUUUUGAUUCCCACGAGGAACAAGGUGUUAUGCCUAUAGAUAAUAAUGAACCAAGUAGUUCAGGUUGUCCGACCUCUGUCAAAAUCAAGGAUGAACCUUGGGAUAACAGUGAAAUCCACGAUGUUAAUGAGGAUGCGAUGGGUAACAUCUCCAUUAAACAGGAAGUCCAGAAUGACUUUAUUAACGAGGAUGCGAUGGGCUACAUCUCCAUUAAACAGGAAGUCCAUAAUGACUUUAAUGAUGAUCAAGUGGAACAUAUGAGCUUAGCUGAUAGAUUAAAUUUUCUCACGUCCAGAGAGAAUUCUAGUUUAAAUAUUCCUAUGAGUUGCUCAUAUCUGAAGAAGACUAAGCCUUCUUCCUCUGUGCCGAGCUUUAAUUUUUCAGAAUCUGCAGAACCUUCACACAUCAAGCGUGCACGAAAAAGAAAGAAAACAGCCACUAAUUCAGUUCAAACAGCACUUGAGGAGGAUGCCCCUGGCCUCUUGGAGGUAUUGGUAGACAAAGGUGUGUUAGUAGAUGACAUUAAGCUUUAUGGAGAGACUGUAAAUGAUGAAGCUUUGGAUGAAUCAUUUUGCGAAGAUAGCUUUUCAGAGCUUGAAGCUGUAAUGACAAAGAUUUUCUCUCAACGCCAAUCUUUCAUAAAGUUCCCUGUUAUUCGUGCUGGAAAGGGUUCGAGAGUGAGCUAUUGCUUGGCUUGUCUAAUCUCACUCGUGGAGCAGACACGAUAUUUGAAGCUUCAAAAAUGGCCUGUCGAAUGGGGUUGGUGCCGAGAUAUUCAAUCAUUUAUUUUUGUUUUUCCAAGGCAUAACAGGAUAGUGUUGGAACGCCCUGAAUAUGGUUAUGCAACCUACUUCUUUGAACUGGUGGCAUCCUUACCCGUUGAAUGGCAGAUCAAGCGGUUGGUGGUUGCUAUGAAGCUGACUACGUGUAGCAGGAUUUCCAUUAUUGAGAACAAAGAAUUAUCGGUUGGAGAAGAUUUGGCUGAAGGUGAGGCAAAGGUGUUAAUGGAAUAUGGCUGGACCCCAAACACUGGCCUGGGAACCAUGCUUAAUUACCGCGACAGAGUUGUGCAUGAUAGGAAGAAUACGGACACUUCAGAGUGGCGAACUAAAAUAGGGAAGUUGCUGAUAGAUGGUUAUGUUGGUGGAACUAUAUUGAUGUCCAACAUCCCAAAAAGUGUUGCAAAUUACAGGUGUGCUCAAAUUCCUAACAUAGACUAUUAUUCCGAUGAAUGAUUAGAGGGUAGCUUGUGUAGAAAAGGUUUUCUUAUGUACAUGUAGUGUAUUUAUAUGGUGUGCAUUUUUCAGAUUAAGACUUGGGCUUUGUUUGUGUAGUCCACUGUGAAAACUUCAAAUAUUUAAUUAUUUAUCACAUAGCCUAAAGGAAUAUAGGGUUGGAUCAAAAUAGGGGCCUGAAAUCAUGCUUUACCACCGAUAGUUAGAAUUCAGAGUCGGUUUUUUACUUUGUUUAUUUUUCUUUUAAGUGGUGUUGCAAUAAAUUUUUUUAAGGAAUAAAAUUAUAUUUUAGCA